AUGGAGGGAGCUAUGUGCAUCAAACCAACCAUUCUUCUUCCUCUUCCUUCAACACAUUCUUCUCCAAAGCUCACUCUUUCUCUUCUUCAGACCAUCACCACCACCAAAGCUUCAAGACUCUCAUCUCUCAGACCAAACGCAUCAUCGUCUUCAACCUCUGAUCCUCUCACCGUUGACUACGACUCUCUCCUUUCUGUCUUCCCAGCUGAAGCAUGCGAGACAAUCAGCGGUUACGCCUGUUCUGCCGAUAUUUACCCUGAAGUCAAGCUCGACACAAAGCCCGUCUCACGUCCCGUGGCUUCAGAGCCUGUAGACCGAGAAUACCUCGAGUAUAACAACCCUAAAACAGUUUUCUGCGCAGAGGCUUGCGAUGAUCUUGGAGGAGAGUUCUGCGAACCUGACUAUCAAAAAGAUGUCUACUAG